AUGCCAUCAGCCCCUGGAUCCCCACGCGGCAGCGUAAUGACACAAGAAGCCUACCAAAAAAGAAGAGAUGCUAGCAGCAGCGAAGAUGAAGAUGACAACAUCAAUUAUGAUUCCGACGAUGACUCCAAGGCUGUCAAGUCAGGCGACCAACGGAAGAAGCAGGAGGCUCAUCUCGCUACUUACCGACAAAAAAUGAUGAAGACUACCAGUGGACAACCAUCAGCAGAACACACACGAAUUCCUUCACUAAAGGGUCCCUGGAUGGAUAUCACCGAUAGUGAUGAUGACGACGAUAUUCCUUUGGCCAUGCUCCAGGCUAAGACACGGGGCGAUCAGAAAUCCCGACUUUCUGGCAUACGAUCAAACCCCAAUUUACGCGCGUCAGCGCAACAGCAUCUUAUGAGACCUGGCUCAUCACAAGGACAACACAGCGGCAGCUCCCAUCUCCGACUACCAUCAUUCGCCUCAAACCUUCCCCAAGACCCAUUCCAAGACCCCUACCAGGAUCCUUUCAAUGAGAAGAAGCCCAUGUUCAACGGCGGACUCAUUGGCGUUAUUGCGAGUGAGGAGCGCGCUAAGGCCUCGCGACGAGGAGGAACACCGAGCGUGAGCCUCACAGGUCCUCCUUCGCCAGGAUACGGUAUGCCCAGUUCUUCACCAUAUAUGGGCUCACCUUACGGAAUGCACCAAGCUUCAAGGUCCCAAUCUUCACUGUCCGGCAUGCCUGCCGGAUCGCCAUACAUGGCUUCCCCAUACGGCAUGCACCAGGCCUCCAGAUCUCAGUCUUCGCUGGCUGGAAUGCCUAUGCACCCUCAAAUGCAACACCAGGUUCCCCAUGGUAUCCAAGAGCAGAUGCAAUUCAUGCAAGCUUCAACAUACGGCGCCCAGCACAAGCCAUCCAGCUCAUGGGGCAGCAUCCAGCAAAGACCAGGAACGAGUGGAAGCAUGGCUGGUCUACAGAAGCCUUCUGUGCCAGCAUAUGGAGGAUACGCGCAGUCUAUCCCCCCAGCGGAGCGAAGCAAUGUCGGUCUACCAAGUCGCUACAGGGCGGUUUCCAAGCAGAAGGCGUAA